CCACAUACUAAAAGAGGAAAAUUAAAUCUUUGCUGUUGAUUGGUGGAAAUUAUAAUACCGUGUGAGCGCCUCCAUCUACAAUUGUAAAAUUAGUGAGACCCGUUCAAAACAAGAUAAACAUGUCAUCGGAAGGAACUAUAGAUCGAAAAGAGCCAGAAUUUGUUGCACCAGAACCCACAACAAUGACGAUAAAGGAGAAAAUGAUGAUGGAAGAAGCCAAAUUAAAAGCUAAAUAUCCCAAUGUGAAACCAGGUGGACCAUCAGGACUAUUGGCCAAAAGAUUACAGAGAGGGCAAAAAUAUUUCGAUUCCGGCGAUUACAAUAUGGCCAAAGCUAAGAUGAACAACCCAAAGACCCCUUUGGCACCCACAGAAAAGAUGAUAUUACAGGAGUCCAUUGGCGAUGCUAUCCCUACACCAGAAUCCUUACCUCCCAGAAAACCCUCAAUCAUACAGAGUAAAUUAGCAGAAGGAGAAUUGUCAUAGAUGUUGAAUUCAUCAAGAGUCAUAGAAAUCAGGGAUGCCACAAUAUUGGUAGAUUUAAGUGAUUGACAGUAACGGCACACAAAGUGUAUUGUCUGACUGCUUCCACUGUAUGCUUGCCAAGUUGUUCACGAGCAUCACAUUUCUUUAAGGUCCCUGUAUACAGUAUUUCUGGUGUAAAACAAAAAUUACAAACAUAUGUUCAAUGUUUUUUGAGAAGUAAAAUAAAUUUUUGGGGUAUAUAUAUAUAUACAUGUACAUUUUGAUCAAUUUUAGUUUUUCAUUUUCAGAGAAAUAGUAUGACAAUGUUGAGUGACUAAUAUAAGGCAAAACAAGUUGUGUCAGGCCUAUAGAAAAGUAUGAUUAGUCAACAGUUCUAGCUUCUUUAAUUUUUCUAAUCAGAGAAACUGGUUUCUUGAUUGCCAUUACUUUUGGUAUCUUUUACUGAGUCAUAUUCUGGCUUGAGUUUUAAUUUAUUAUUUGAUAUAAGUACCAUUAUAUACAGAAUAUAUAUAUACUACAAAAAAUAUACUUUUGAAUGCAACACAUACAUGUAAUACUAUCAUAUUUAAUUGAGAACUGAUUAAAUGAAAUGUAAUUGAAACUAUAACUGAACAAUUUAAUUUGUCUACCAUCAUUGUGUUCCUGUUACCAUGGUAACUGGUCAAUUUGAGACUCUACCAAUGCUUUGUUAAUGUUACCAUGGUAACAGAACAAGUUAGAAAAUCUGCCAUCAUUGUACUGAUGUUAUUCCUCUGACAUUGACUAACAACUGACAGAAUAGUGCAAUAUUUAUUGAAGAUAAAAAUUGUCCCCAAGCAUUUGCCAAGAUAUGAUAUUGUUACUGACAAUAGCAUACAAUUAAAAACGAAAUAUGAAAUGGGUGAAUGCUGAAGUGUGCAAAAGUAUUUCAUAUUUUUAUAAAAAAAAAAAAAAGUGAUUGUUUUUGCUGUUAAAUGUAGUUUUGCUUUAAAUUAAGCUUUGAAUCUGAUGCUCACAGUCAACUAGUUUUUAAAAGUAAUUUUUCUUGACCAAAAAUUCAAUAACUAAGUUACUAUUUAUCAAUUAAUAAAACAUUAAAUAUUGUUAUUUUGUAUUGUUUGUACAUGUAUUUAUAGGGAUUGUGUUUCAAACAAUACUUUUAUACUGGGAAUUAUGUAUACUUCUCUUUAUUUUUUGGUAAGAAUUCUUAACUUUUCUGUUUUCAUUUUGUUCAAGGACAUGAAGGAGACAAUAUGUUUUUGUUUUUAAUAAUGUAUGCAUAUAUGACAGACAGUGGUUAUUAAUUGUCAUAUCAUGAUAAUGGGACACUACUUAUACAAUGU